GUAAACCAAUUGGAACCAUUUGGUGUGGUACAGUUUUACUAGUUGUAAUGAGAGCUCUAAUCAGAUUAUAUGGGUUGAAAAAGCUUUGAGUGCUGCUAGUGCUAGCACAGUACCAGCAUUUUAAUGGUGUAACCUAUACACAUAAAGCCAGCAUGGCCAGUUAUUCCUCAAAUUCAGGAUACAUACAACCCAGGUGUUGAAGUUGCUGUCAUUCAAACACUUUUUCCCCAGGCUCCAUCAAGGAUCCUGACCUUGAUCUGAUCCUGCAAAAUAAAACUUGCAUUUGUGAUGAGUUUAUGAUGGCUUAGAAAAGGCCUUCAUUUGUGGGAUGGUUCCACUUUACAAAUAUAAUCCAACUGUUCUUUAUUUUGUAAUGACCUGCUUUUCUUUACUCCUCUCAGCCAUGGGGAGUUGAUGUGUGACAUUUGCAACCAAAAUGCGGCUGUGAAGAUAUGCCAGACCUGCAACGACUUCUUCUGUGAGCCCCACGCCCGUCAACAUGGCACCCAGUUGCAAAAACACAUUAUCAAAGACAUCGGCAGUGACAUCCAAGACAGAAGCUGUCUGCAUCAGAAGCCUAAAGAUUUUUACUGCAUAACUGAUCACAUGCACAUUUGCAGCAUUUGUGUGGAAGGAAACCACAAAAGACACGACAUCACCUCACAGGAGAUUCAGGUGGAUGUUGGUGAGGACCUUGGGCAGCAUGAUACAGUGGUGCCCCCUCCUGGUGAGAUCAAGUUCCUGACAGUGAAACCAAACUCUGUUGCGUUAACUUGGGGAUUACCACCGGAACUAAGCGGAACUAAGAAGUUCAGAGUUAAAUGGAGCUCUUUAACAGAGGUAGAAGGUUUGUUAGUUAUCAAAGACCUGAAUAAAGUGGAAAUAAACAACCUUCAGCUUGGAGAGCAGUAUUUCUUCAGUGUGGCCACAGAAGAUGAAGGUGGCAAGUUAAGUAAAUGGGUGACAGCAUGUGUGUCUACAGCCGUGCCACCUCCUCGAGAUUUGACAAAAGUUUGCUUAGAAUCCACGACUCUGUCUUUAACUUGGAGCAAAGGAGAAAACAUGGAAGGAAUCCAACAUCAAUUCCUGAUUACCAUCACAAGUCCAGAUAAAGAGUCUUUUGUAAUAUACACAAAAGACUGCCACAAGACCUUAUCUGACUUAGAGUCAGACACAGAGUACAAUAUAUCAGUCUCAACAUUGCUGAAUGACAAGACGAGUGAUCCAGUUUCUAUCUCUGUGCACACAGAGCUUGGCCUCAGGGAAGUAUUGACAAAGAUUGGACUUGAAGACGAGUAUGACACCAAACUAAAAAUUAGCCAAAUCCUCCAAAUUAUUCAGCAUGACACAUCAGAGAUCAACAUCGAAACACCAGAAUCCCUCACUGAGGCCUUCCUAAGGAGACUUUUAAUGUGUGACACAAAUGCUAGAAGUGUGAAAUGUGUGUCUAGUGAUCUGGAGAUGGACAAGAAGAAUGCUAUCAACCCUCUAGAUUUGAUAGCUGGACUGUUUCUCUGCUCAGACAAGUUCCUUCAGCAGAAUAUGGUUGGUAAAAUGGUACAAUGCCAGUUUGCGGUCCCGCUCCUCCUGCCAAACAUUGAAACAAGAGAGCUAACCAUGAUGCUGUGGUCUAUGCGUGAAAUUGUCCGAAAUUUCACACCCUUGCAGCAAGCAUUCAGAGGAACAGGCAGUGAGGAAAGACUUGUGUUCUCUGAAAUGCCUCUGGUAUCAUUUGUCAGGCUGGGAAAGCACUUCCUAUCCAAGUCUCAGAUGUUAAACAAACUGCUAAGUAACACAGAGCAGUACCAUGAUAUAUUUUACCAUUCUGCUUUGGAGUGUGGAGAUGUGCCACGAAGAAUUUCAGAGGGGCUUGUCGAAUUCAGCUGGUACCUUCCUUGUGGCAACAGAUCUGUGGAUAAGUUCAGUGAACCAAUGGCUGUUGCCAACCUCAGAGGGGACAUCAGGUCCUUUGAUAAGCAGUUUACAUUCCUCUGUCAGUCGUCUGCAGUUGUUUACAUCCUCUGUGAAGAAUCAGAGGUUGAAUACUUUAAAUAUCUGCAAGGAAAACAAGUGCAAGCAAAACUGAUUUUGAUCAGUAGCAAAAGAGGGAAAUCGUUCAGAUUAAAAAUGUUGACAGUUGAGCCAAACUUAAAAACAACAAAUUUAAGUGAGACAAAAACAACUGAAACAGAGUUAGUCAGGCCCCUCCAGGAGUCUGUUUCUGAAAUGCUUGGGAAAAAGUCAAAAAAGGUGUCUCUGGAAAAUCUGGCUGAAAGAGCUCGGUGUUGUGAGAUCCUCGUCGAUGACGAUAGCGAUGAAUGCCGAAGUGCACUGAAGAACGCCAGAAAAAUCACUGCACGUAUCGACAAAAUAUCUGAGUUCAAAGAUGAAGAACUGCCAACUCAAGGAAACAUCUGGAAAGCAAUUUCAUGGGUGCAAACAGAACACUGGAGACUACGAAAAGUUGGCAAAAUAAAACUUGAGGAAUACCAUAAGACCCUGGAAAGAGAAGAAAAAGAGUUCAAAAAGAAGCAGCAAAGGUUCGAGAUGACGACCACAAUGUCAAACUUCCUCAACGGGUUGAGUGCCUCUGAAGUUCACCGCUCCUAUUUCCUGAAAUGGUUGGAAAUGACACUGGAGGAUCUGUCCCGGCACCAGCUGUCAGCUCUACUGAAUCAAUACGUGACACUAAAAAUGAAGUGUCCAAAAGAAACAGAUAAAAUAGCAGAUGUUGACCAGCAAAUUUCGAUUUCCUCUUUACAAAUAAAACAUUUUUUUCGAGAGUGUGGGCAGCGAUAUACAUGUAUGGCCGACGUACCAGAGUUCAGCAAUCUAAGGAGAAAGGUGGAACAGCUCCCCAUGUUUGCUGCUCAGAUGCUGCUAGAUGGUGUCCCUCUUGAGCUUGUAGAUGGAGAUGCAGCAAACAUUCCCUUGACUUGGAUCAAUGCUGUUCUUACUGAGCUUCACUCCCUUAUACAAUCUAAUAGUAAGGUCAAAGUCAUUUCAGUGAUCGGAGUAGAAAAUUCAGGAAAGUCAACUCUCCUCAACACCAUGUUUGGGACCAGGUUUGCUGUCGACAAAGGAAUGUGCACUAGGGGAGCAUUCAUGCAGAUGAUCACUGUCAGCAAACAUGUAAAGAGCAAGAUAGGCUGUGACUGCAUCAUGCUCAUCGACACUGAGGGACUGAAAGCCCACAAGAUAGUCCAGGACGACCACAGCCACGAACGUGACAUAGAAGUAGCUUGUCUUGCUGUGGCACUAAGUGACAUCACAAUAAUCAAUAUUUCCAAGGACGCCUCAGUGGAAAAGGAGUUCUUGAGGAUGGUACUUAAUGCUCUGACAAGGGUGAAAGUUGAGGACAAGAAGCCAUUAUGCCAUUUUGUUCAGGUUCACAUGACAGGUUUGCCUGCUUCUGAUCAAAAGAAAAGAGAUAAGGCAUUGCUAGAGCAGCUCAAUGUGAUGAUCCAGAGGGAUCUUCAGAUAAAGGCGACAAAGCUUGCAGAUGUAGUAAGCUAUGAUUCAAGCACCUGGAUCUGGCACCUUCCUUCUGUUUGGAGAGGAACUCCACCAAUGGCUUCUUACAGCUCCGACUACAGUAAGACUGCACAGGCUUUAAAACGUUGCCUGCUAACGGAUCUAAGCAAAUGCCCUGAGAGAGGAGAUCUGAUGGAUUUUGCAAAGAGGAUAGAAAGCUACUGGGAAUCUGUAUGAGGCAUGACAAGUCGCUAAGCUUCCGGUAUUUCAAAUGCAGGAAUAACUAAAAGUGCUUUACAUCACUCAAAGAGAACAAACCCAAAUCUAACCAUAAAAAUAGAAAAGAAAAAUAGUAACUGGUCAUACAGUGAACCUAGAACAUUUGAAGAUCUUUAGAGAUUACCAGCAGAAUCUGUUUGACUGGAAUCAGAAGAAAUGGGAAAUGAUGCCUGGGUCAAAAAUUUGAAAAGAGAGUUUAGUCCUGAACUGCAUCUUUCUUCUGUUUUGUUUGGUUGAAGCCUGCUGUCACACCUUGAUGCACACCUGAAGACACUUCCUUCUCAUCAGUGGACUCUAAAAAA